GUGGUUGAACCUGAGUGUGACAAAAGUUCAGCUACAACUUACUUCUGGUAUAGAGAAGCUCUGGAUAUUUCAAAUUCAAUAUCAGAAGGAGCAGGGCUAAACUGGAAAAUGACACUGUGCUUGUUCUGUGCUUGGAGUAUUGUAGGAAUGGCCAUGAUUAAAGGCAUCCAGUCAUCAGGGAAGGUUAUGUAUUUUAGCUCUCUCUUCCCAUAUGUGGUACUGAUAUGCUUCCUUAUACGUGGAUUGUUGCUUAGAGGAUCUGUUGAUGGAAUUCUUCAUAUGUUAACUCCUCAGAUUGAGAAGAUGCUGGACCCCCAGGUGUGGAGAGAGGCUGCAACGCAAGUUUUCUUUGCUCUAGGACUAGGUUUUGGUGGUGUCAUUGCCUUUUCAAGCUAUAAUAAGCAAGAUAAUAACUGCCAGUUUGAUGCAGCUCUUGUCUCAUUCAUCAACUUCUUUACCUCAGUGCUGGCCACUUUGGUUGUAUUUGCUGUUCUUGGGUUCAAAGCAAAUGUAAUGAAUGAAAAAUGUGUUGUACAGUAA